GGCACAGCCCGCGCUUUCCCUCGCAGAUUGCACCUCUCAUCGCCAUAUAUUUUUUUCUGUUGUCAACUUUUGAGUGCCGACCGUUGGCAAUUUUGUUUUCUCUGAGUGUUGACAAUGUAUCGUUGGGCUUUUUUGUUGGGGGUACUUUUGGGUGUGUUGUGGAGUCAGCCGGUGACGGCAUGGAUGGGCGCCAUGUACCGCAACCGCGAGGCCUUCCGACCGGUCAGCAACGACUAUGAUGAUGAACCCGCCGCGGCUGCAGCCGGUGCACCAAUUCCCCGUACCGGCAUGUGGUAUCAGCAACGCCGGAGCGCUAUGGAUCUACUACAGAAUAUCCUUAACCAUGAGAUAACCCCUCGCUCCUCAUCUUCCGCGUUACAGGAUCCCUCGCCGGAGUUUAACGGUUGCGUCGGAACGGUGUGCCGGGAUGAUGCCGGGUGUUGCGAGAAUAUGCUGUGCAAAUUCCCCGAACUGGAUAAUAAGAAAGCGGUGGCCACACUGGGGACCUGUGUGCCCAAUCCCAACGAGGGAGUGAUCUGCAAGGAGGAUGCGGCCUGUGGUAACGGGAUGGAAUGCGCCCUCACCGCUGGAUCCCGGGGAUACAAAACGUGCCAGCCCAAGAAUCGCGAUGUGGCCAGGAAACAGUACAAUGACGAUUGCCGCCACAGCUUGGAAUGCGACCAGAGCCGGGGACUGUGCUGUCAACAGCAUCGCCGUCACCGUCAGGCGCCCCGUCUGUCCUGCCUGUACUACAAGGACUCCCAUAACUGUCUGGGAUUCAGCAAGAAGGACUACGGCAUGGAUGACUUCAUUCCCAACAACAAGAACCGAUGGUGGCAAUAUUAGACUACUUUGAUUAACACGGCGUUUCUGAAGUUAUGAUGCGGCGGUGUGAGCCGCCGGUUUCCCCACAACUUAUCAAGAAGUAUUAGAGUUUCUCAUGUUCAUGCCUCACACGCGCGAUCAAUGUCGCAUCAUAUUGUUGUCUAUAAGGAUGGAAUGAAUGGGUAAUUACUAAUUAUUGCCUUGGAUUUGUUGUUUUCCGUCGGCAUAUAAGCCUGGUUAUGGAAGAAGUUGAAUGUAUGUUGUUACACCAACUGAACUGUCUCAAAAUGGCGAAAAUUCUCCAC